AUGAGAGUGCUUCAUUCAGAAGUCUUACCUGUUAUUAUACCAAAGAGUCAUGAUUUCAGAUUCCCUCUCGUGACCGAAACUCUAACUAAACCAGAUGAAAUUUCAACAUUUAAAGAUUGUAAGAUUUUUGCUUCUGUCUAUAAUGCGACGAGUAAAAAUUCUUUUCAUAAUACAUAUGGAAUUUACGUUUAUUAUCAACAUCAAGAAAGCCCGUGUUUUGUAAUUUAUCGUACUGGUCCACGCAAAAUUUCUUCAAAAACUAAACUCUUUAUACCUUGGAUGAUAUUUGGAUACGAUAAAUUCCCAACUAAACCACUUUCAAAACUUGAUGUAGAAUACACAGAACAUAUUGACACUACGGAAAAUGCAGAUACGGACAUUAAGCUUCAAAUACCUAUUAGAGAUAAUCAUUGUUGGAUUGGCACCAACACUUUAUUUUAUGAUGACAAUCAAUCAUAUGAGCUUGGAAAAACGGAAGACAUGAUUUCAUAUCAUUUUUGUUCAAAAAACACUACUUUAGUGCAAGCAUGUUAUAAACUUAAUUCUGCAGACUCACCCUUAAAAUUUAAAUUUAAUUACACGGUUAUUUUAAAAAAUGAUAGAAACUUGAUUGGACAAACUAAGGAUGAAUGGAAAAGCAGACAAAGGACAUACUUACAAGGAAAGAGUAUUUUUACGGGUGAAAAGUGGAAUUUGCCUAAGGAUAAAAGAUUUGUAUUUGCAAGUAUUUUUUACCCAGAUUCCAUUCCGAUGAAAAAACGUUAUUUCUUACUUCUAAACAUCAAUCCAAAAUAUCCUAUAACUAAGUCAUUGGUUGAGAUAACUGAAAAACCAAAGUGUAAAAUUAAUUACCCACUUAUUGAAGAUACUUUAUUCGGUGAUUUUUAUGG